GGAGUUUGCGAACCCUGAACCCCGAGUGCUGGAGCGCGCGACCCCUGAGCGCUCGGACCCCGUCGCCGGUGCAUCGCAAGCACAGCUGCACCCUAGUCCCCGCGGCUCGGGAGCCGCAGUCCCGUGCGAGACGCCGCUGACCCCGAGAGGGCGAGCUGCUGGCUCCGCGCUCUUCACACUCACACCCCUUCCCCCCCCCCCCCCCCCGCCCCCCGCAACAGGUCCGGGGCGGGCGCAGGCGGCGAGGGCGCACCCCCCGGAGACUGGAGAACGAAAGGUCUGCAAGAUGAAUACGCUUGUCACUUCCCACUGACUGGCAGCAAUGGCAUUCACUGGAAGGGUCAGCAGCAGCAGCAACAGCUUGUACAAUGAAGACAGAAACCUGCUUCGAAUUAGAGAGAAGGAAAGACGCAACCAGGAAGCUCACCAAGAGAAAGAGGCGUUUUCUGAAAAGAUUCCCCUUUUUGGAGAGCCCUACAAGACAGAAAAAGGCGAUGAGCUCUCUAGUCGAAUACAGAACAUGCUGGGAAACUAUGAAGAAGUAAAGGAGUUGCUCAGUACCAAGUCUCUCACUCAUCACCUGGAUGCUUCUGAGAACAGGCCGGGAAAGCAGAGGAGCCCUUUGCUUCCCGAGAAGGGGAGCGGCGUCCCAGCGCACUCCUUCCACAACCGCGUCCAUCACCAGCCUGGGAGCGCUCCCGCCCCUGGACCACUUCCUGUUGGUAACAUGAGCCACCAUCAAAAGGUGACACAGCCAAGGAUGGAACCAAUUCCAAGUCUUCACGUGAAAAGCUAUGGCGCUCCGGACAGCCAGCACCUGGCCCCAGAUCGCCUUGGCCAGGAGGGGUACGGUUCUAGCCAUCGAAGGAACGGUGACCGCAGAGCCGAAGGAGACCACUGUGCUUCGACGGCAGACCCAGCUCCCCAGAGGGAGCUCUCUCCCCUCCUCUCCUCUCUACCUUCCCCGUUACCCCCUUUGUCACCUCCACAUUCCAACCAGCAAGCUCUUCCCAGGACACAAGGAAGCAGCAAGGUCCACAGCGGUAACAAUAACAACAGUAAAGGCUGCUGCCACGCCAAAUCUCCCAAGGACCUGGCCCUGAAGAUCCGGGACAAAGAGACCCCUAAGGACAGUCUGAUGGCAGUCUCCAGCCUGGGAGUGGCCCCUCCCCAGCCACCUUCUCAGUCUUUCCCCCCGCCCCCCCUCCCCUCCAAGAGCGUUGCAAUGCAGCAGAAGCCCACGGCUUAUGUCCGGCCCAUGGACGGUCAAGAUCAGGCUCCUAGCGAGUCUCCCGAACUGAAACCGCUGCCGGAGGAUUACCGGCAACAGACCUUUGAAAAAACCGACUUAAAAGUGCCUGCCAAAGCUAAGCUCACCAAGCUGAAAAUGCCUUCUCAGUCCGUUGAGCAGACCUACUCCAAUGAAGCCCAUUGUGUUGAAGAGAUUCUGAAGGAAAUGACCCAUUCGUGGCCACCUCCUCUGACAGCAAUACAUACGCCCAGUACCGCUGAGCCCUCCAAAUUCCCUUUUCCCACCAAGGAUUCUCAGCACAUCAUUUCUGCAACCCAAAACCAAAAACAAUAUGAUACAUCUUCAAAAACCCGCCCUCAUUCUCAGCAGGGAACAUCCAUGCUUGAAGAUGACCUGCAACUCAGUGACAGUGAGGACAGUGAGAGCGAGCAAACCCCAGAGAAGCCUCCUUCCACAUCUGCACCGCCAAGCGCUCCGCAGUCACUUCCAGAAGCAGCAGCAGCGGCCUCAGCACAUUCCAGUGGUGCGGAGUCAGAGAGCACCAGUGACUCAGACAGCUCCUCGGACUCGGAGAGCGAGAGCAGCUCAAGUGACAGCGAGGAGAAUGAGCCCCAGGACACUCCGGCUCCCGAGCCCGAGCCUCCGACAACAAACAAAUGGCAGCUAGACAACUGGCUGACCAAAGUCAACCAGCCGGCAGCGCCACCAGAGGCCCUGGGGGGUGCGGCGCCCCCACUGCGGCACCCGGACGGGAAGGGCAAGGGCGGUGACGGUGGCACCACUGGCCACGAGCAUUCAGAACCCAAAGGUCCUCCCCCGAAAAGCUCCAGCAGAGCGCCCCGGGCCCCUCCCGAAGGCUCCCACACCGGCAAGAGGAGCUGUCAGAAGUCCCCUGCCCAACAGGAGCCGCCCCAGAGGCAAACGGUUGGAACCAAACAACCCAAAAAACCUGUCAAGGCCUCCGCCCCGGCAGACUCGCGGGCCAGCGUGCAGGUGGAGAGUGAGCCGGGCCUUCCCCACAGUGCCAAGGAUCAGCCUUCCAAAGACAAGCCCAAGGUGAAGACGAAAGGGAGGCCGCGCGCCGGAGACCGAGAGCCCAAGCCCGCGGCGCCCGCGCCCACGCCCGGCGAGAAGAGGAGGCACCGGGGCGGGCCCCCGGCCCCCGCAAAGGCACUCUCCGGUCCUGAGCCCGCGAAGGACAAUGUGGAGGACAGGAGCCCCGAGCACUUGGCCCUCGUCCCCCUGACUCACAGCCAGGGCCCCAAGCACGACAGCAGCAGUGGUGGCAGGACUAGUGGCUGUCGCCGGGCCGUGGUGGUGCAGGAGGACCCUGGGAAGGACAAACUUCAGGUGCCUUUGAGAGACACCAAGCUGCUCUCCCCGCUCAGGGACGCUCCGGCCCUGCAAAGCUUGGUGGUGAAGAUAACCCUCGACCUCCUCUCUUGGGUCCCCCAGCCACCUGGGAAGGGGAGCCGCCAAAAGAAACCAGAGGACAAGCAGCCACCGGCAGGGAAGAAGCUGGAUUCUGAGAAGAGAAGCUCCGACAACUCAAGCAAGUUGGCCAAAAAGAGAAGGGGUGAAGCAGAGAGAGACCAUGAUAGCAAGAAAGUCAGACUGGAGAAAGAGGUUAAAUCACAGUCGUCGUCAUCCUCCCACAAAGAAGCUUCUAAGACGAAAACACCCAAGCCCUCGGAGCCCUCAAAGAAGGAAAUGCUUCCCCCAACCCCUGUGUCAUCCUCGUCCUCAUCCUCCCAGAAGCCAGCCAAGCCCGCCCAAAAGAGGCCACGGCGGGAAGCACAUGCCUGUAGCCAGGACUCUCCCCAAAGCGCCAGUGGUACCAAGGGCAGCCAUAAGGACUCCCCCGCCCCCAAGCGCAGGAAAGCUGAGGGGAAGGGCUCCGGAAGCUCCACAGAACACAAGGGAUCUUCUGGAGAUACCACAAAUCCUUUUCCAGUGCCUUCUUUGCCAAAUGGUAACUCGAAACCAGGGAAGCCUCCCGGGAAGCUAGACAAACAAGCAGAUCUCCACAUGAAGGAGGCAAAAAAGUUGAAGCAAAAAGCGGAGUUAAUGACGGACAAGGUUGGGAAAGCUUUUAAGUACUUGGAAGCCGUCUUGUCCUUCAUUGAGUGUGGGAUUGCCAUGGAGUCUGAAAGCCCAGUGUCCAAGUCCACGUCCAAGUCGGCCUUCUCGGUGUACUCUGAAACCGAAGACCUCAUUAAAUCCAUCAUGUCAUUAAAAUCCUUCUCAGACCCCACAGCACCAACACAAGAGAAAAUAUUUGCUGUUUUAUGCAUGCGUUGUCAGUCCAUUUUGAACAUGGCAAUGUUUCGUUGUAAAAAGGAGAGAGCAAUAAAGUAUUCUCGUGCUCUUAAUGAUCACUUCCAGAGUUCUCCCAAAGUUACCCAGGCACCUUCUCCAUGCAUUGCAAGAAGCACAGGCGCACCGUCGCCUCGCUCUCCGAUGCCUUCUGUCGGCUCCGUGGGCUCCCAGGCUGGCGCUGGCAGUGUGGGGGGCGGCGGGAUCCCCGCCAGCAUCCAGAACAUGACAUCUUCCUACAUCACCAUCACUUCCCACAUCUUUGCCGCCGUCGAUCUGUGGGAACAGGCCGAGGUCCUCACGAGGAAGAAUAAAGAGUUUUUUGCUCAGCUCAGCACAAGCGUGUGCACCUUGGCCCUCAACAGCAGCUUGGCGGACCUGGUGCACUACACGAGGCAGGGUUUCCAGUGGCUGAAACAAGGAAACAGAGCACCCUAACUGAGGCCCAGGUUGAUCUGAUGCCUUGGGAACUAUUUUGCACAUGGGAAGCCUCAAAAACAGUCCAGACAUUUGUCUCAGGACAAAACUUGAGAAGAGAAGCGCCUGAGAAGGCCAGGUCAUUUGUCCUCUUAAACUCUCAAGAAUUGUGCGGUCAUUGGCCGGGCACCAUGGUUCUGCAGAAGGAGGAGCGAGGAGGCUGGCUUCAGAGAUGAUCUCCGCCUUUCCUAACUGAAGGACAGAGUGCAAUGUAGCCUAAAAGGGGUAUAUGCGUGGUCUAGAAACAUUUCCGUAUUUUCUUAACCAGCAGGAUGCGAGUUGCAAAUGAAUCGAGGAGAAGCAAAUUCACGUCAUCUCAGCAGCCACACUAAGUCCAUUCCCAGCAGGAAAUGUUUUUAACAGUGAAUUUUGGUGUAGGGUUUUGUGGAUGAUUUUUCUUUUCGGUUUUUUUGGGAAAUAAUUUGUUUUGUAAAUUCUAACAGUCAUCUAUAAAACCGAAAUUGUGAAGGACUCGAUAUACCCCACUUCCUGCCCGCGCACAGUUGCUGUGAUAAUACCAAGUAUUGUCAUAAUCUAAAGAAUUGGAGCGCCCUCUUCCCCCAGUCGCCCGAAGUACUGCACGCUCACCAGCUCGGUGCCUUCGUGGCCGGGUUGGCGUUGACGGCUGGGCGCCGUGGGAGAAGGAGGACACAGCAUGGGCAGCAGGCGGACGGCUGUCCUUCCCACCCCUCAUCACCCUCAGGCAGGCGGCUGCGACCACGUUUGGGAUUUCCCACCCUGGGGAAGAGGGUACCGACACCUCCACAGGACCAGCUGGCUGAAGGGCUUUCCCAUUUUUGUUUCAGUAGAGCUGGGAUUGGAGGUGCUGGGCUGUGGUCUACAGCCAUGCGGUAACUCAUGCUGUCUAUAGCCAACUCUGUUUGGUCAGUGAACAAAGACAAAUGAAAUCUACUAAAGAGGCUAUAUUUUUCUGCUGCGAAUUAUUUUAUAUUUAUAGCAAAACUAGCCUUUCAGAGCCCUUAGUUGUCCAGGGGAAAUGUACUCCCUGAAAGGAGGUGGAGAUCGGGGGGGUUAAUGAGACUUAGGAAAAGCGCCCCGGCCUUCCCUCCGUGUCCUCGCCGGCUCGGUGUGCGGGGCUGAGGGGGAGCGGCGCCUCCCCACCGCCCGGCCCGCACCGGUGCGGGAGUGACCCGGAACGAGAGAACGCGUCCGAGCUCCCACUUACCCGUAAGCACAGAUUUUCUUUACUGCAGACGCUCGGCAGGCUAUUAUUGGAAGCAUUAUUUGGAGUGCAGUGUUUUUUAAAAGCCCGUUCUUGUUAUCCCUUCUAGAGGUGGAAUCUACACACAUUAAAACUGAGGGGUGCUCUUUCUACCGUUGGCUUUUCUCCCAUCCUGCCCCUCUACCUGUUGUCUCCUCCCGGGCAUGUUUGACAUUUUCCUAUUUAUUUAUGAGUGACGAAGGGAGUGGAUGCCACCUUUAUUUAUACUGAGGAAUAAGGUCCGCAGGAUGUCUGUAGGAGCUUGCAUGGUAACUGGCCGACGCAGGAAGGGGUGUGCGGACGAUGGGGGCCCUGACUUGCGGUGUGAAGCGUGUGCCUGUUCCUUACUGUCUACCCAGCCCGUUGUUUUGUCACCACGAACCUGCUUCGUGUUUAGGUUAAAGCCCGAGGGUUAGCAGCAGCAGUAAUGUCUGAGCAUGGGAACUUCAUGUGUGGCCUUGAUGUCCUGAAGUAAAGCCUUGGCCCUUUUUAAAUGGCUCAUUUGGAAAGCACCCUGUUGUUAAGGGAGCAGUAAUUGCCUGGUAGGUUGUGUGCUGUGACAUUGUGUGUCCUUGUCUUCCAUGUGGGAGGCAAGGUCCCAGAAUCAGGCGUAUGUCAUUAUUUCACAUCAUCUUUUCCCCCCGUGGCCGGUCCUGCCCCUCCCCGCACCGCUCUCGGGCCGUUUGGAGGGGCAGGUUCUGUCUGUGCAGACGGCUGGGUGUGUGUCUGUCAGCACGCCGCCAGCUCCCCGGACUGGGGAGUUUCCCAUGUGAUCUGUCAGCCCGUGCUUGCUGUGUCGUGGCCUUAUUCUUUGCGGGGAUUUUCCCCUGACCUUGGUAUUCAAAUUGUGUUUGUCCCUUGAAAAACAAAUGACUUUGAAGAGAUCAGUUUGGACUGUUUAGAUCAGUGGUCGCCAACCGGUGGUCCUCGGACCGCCGCGAGGUCUGAGGGGAUGGCACCCGCUAGUUUGGAUCGGGGGCUGAGUAGGUACAGGGUGGACCCUUCAUGCUCCUCAGUCCUUCGGCUGUUACGGAUGUAGAGAGAAGUCAGGAGGCUUUGUAGAACAUUUGCACUUUCUGCUGCACGCUUACAUUCCAAAAGGCAAAGUUUGUACUGCGGUAGACAGUUGAAAGGACUGGGUCUGAAAUGAAGCCUUUGCACCUGUGAAGUUCUUAUAACAGUCACACUGCGCGCUUCACAGCGAGGCAAACAGAACGUCCCGAGCGAAGGUUGAGUGAAGUCUUGCCUCUGGCGCUACAGCUUCCUGUCUUCAUUAGGAAGCGGAAGAACUUUACCUUGUAAAAAUGAUGACUGUUUCUGCCCUGUCUGGAGAGGAUGGCUGACCUUGAGGUUUCAGCCAGGCUCAGGGCCCUGCUAAAUAACGGAAACCCCUUCACUGAGCUCCACCAUGUGGCCCUGGGUUCAGAAUGUGGAAGUGUGGGCACCAGCCGUGGUGAAGAGUCGGGGUCCCGCAGGCCUAUUACCAGGACUGGAACUGCAGCGGGAGAAGGACUUACUGAUAAUCUGAUUGAAUCACAAUUGAAUGGGAAAGAAAGCAUCUUGAUUUCUUUGAACAAGAGAACCUUUAUUUUAUAGAUGUUUUGACCAAAAUGUUUAGCUAUUUCCCUUAGACAAAUUGGAUCACACUUACCUCCCUUGUUCUAUAUCCUUUAAUUCCAGAUCUCAGGAUAUUUAAAAGCUAAAAACUACCCCCUUCUGACAGAAAACUUGCCUUAAUCGGUACCUUAAAUAUUAAUGUUAGUCAGAUCAGGAGCCUACUAUUUUAUUAUGAUUCUUGUUCAAUAAUUUUUAGCUAUAAAAAAACCUCUUAAGCUCUGAUAGAUGAAAGGAGGUGUGUGUGUGUGUGUGUGUGUGUGUGUGUACAAAGAAUAAGAAGCUGGUUGAAUUGGAGAUAUUUAUUGUGCCUUUGUUGACCACACCUAAUUUUGGAAUAACGCUGUAUUUGGUUUGCCAUGGCUUUUGAGAUGUUAUGUGGGUCUUGGCUCUUCUGCUUCAUGAAGUUGGAGGUAUGUUGGUUCAUCUUAAGGUAAAUGAAUCAAAUUAGGCUUGAUUCCCUGCCACUCACCACAGAGUCUGCCUUUUUCUUAAGGAUUCAUUUCCCCAGACACUACACAAAACCUUUAAAAACUUUGCCCCUUCAUCCAUUACACUCUUUACCACUGAUGAGCAGUAUUUUGGUCUUGCAAGAAUAUUCGGGCUUCUUUUAGAAACACAGACAUCAAGACUGGGAAGUGAGUCACGCAAUGGCUGUGAGCGUGUCAGUGAUGGUGGAGCUUGCUCCUUUCCCGUCUCCAGUGGGCUGCCUCUUUGUUUUUGGUCCUAUCUAGAAUCUACCGAUGCAAGGUUUUUCCUGAGCCUUUUUUUUUUCCUUUUUUUUUCUUUGUCAUUUGCGGGAGGUGGAGUGGCAGGAUAGCAUGGUGUUAGGGACUUUCCUCCAAACAUUGCGAGUGCGAGUGGUAUUCCUACCGUAUAAAUCUCAAAUGUGCAAUCUAGGUGUGUGGGUUUCUCAGUGACAGAAUGAAUUGUGACCACUGGCCCUGUUCCUUAUUUUUCACUGAAGAUGAUUGACAAACACCACUUACCACCUUUCUUAAGGUGGCUGUGCAUUUCCUGUUGUCCAGGAGAAACACCAACCGAGAUGCUGUUCCGCUGGGUGCCAGGUAUGGGCGGGUACUGCGAUGGCUAGAGAAGUGCCUCUACUUCUGUGCCCAAGAGGGCGGGCAGGAGGGAGACAUACAGCUCUCUGUGAACCUGGGGGUGCUCUGUGGGCCUGGGGGGACAAGGGAGAAAGACCACUGACAGCGAGGCUGGCCAGGCCGCACUCAGGCAGGGAGUGGCUGGCCUAAGGGAGACAUUUGCUUUGCUUAAAUGUAGCUGUUUAAGCGAUGCUUAACACGGGCAGUAUUAACUUCGCCUUUUGUUCAGGCCGUCCACAUGUAUUGUUAACAUUACUGCACAUCCCCCUCGGAUAACAAGUAUACACUGUUCAUGUCAGAGUGUGUGUGUGUGUGUGUGUGCGCGUGUGUGCGUGUGUCCCAAAUCUUGUUUUAAUUUUUUUUUUUCCUGAAUGUGAUUACGUUUGGAUGAUACCUGUGCAGGGUUGCCUUUUUUUUAUUUAUUACCAUUAUAUAUUAUAUUAUAUUAUAUUUUUUGCUUUCUUAUAACUUUAGAGUAAAGUCAAAUCUUGGUAUUAUUAAAAUUGUUUUAAAAAUAAAUAAAUUGUCCAGUUGAUAAAUGAAGGUCACUGACCUAUCUCUAAAAUAAUAUGUGUGUUUUUCUUUAAUUAUUGUGGAAUAAUGUGCCAGCUAUGUAGUCCAUUCGGUGACUUGUAUGUAGGAUGGGGAAGCAGCGAUGCUCUCAAUGGGAAGAUGUGCAACCACAGAUAAAGGGACUCCGUAUAUUUUAUCUCCUUUAGCAAUGAAACUGCAACCUGGGGCUUUUGUGAAUAAAAUUUAGCUGCCUUGUAUAGUCCUUUGAAAGAGACACACGAUCUGUGCGGAUUAAAGUUUGCUUUCUUUUUUAGAAGAAAAAAUUGCAAAAGAUCUUUCCAAAGAGAAUGUGCCACAGAUCUUUUAUUUGUUCUCUGUAAUGAGGAUUAAUUGCUGUUAAAAAAAAAGUGUAAUUGAUUUGUUCACCUUCAAAUUCCUUUUCACAAGAGGAUCGAGCUGUAAAAAAAAAAAAAAUUAAUAAAAAUUUAGAGAAA